AUGAAGUUUAUCAUAUAUUUGUUCCUAUUCAUCGCCGCUUGCAAUGCUGCUUCGAACAACACCAUCUGCACGAAUGGUUUCAGUUUGAUCAACAAUAAAUGCUGGAAGUUAUUCCAAGAACCCGCAAACCACACGAUGGCGGAAAAGACUUGUACAGGAUAUGGUGGUACUUUGUUCAUGGCAAAAACUGCAAUUGACAACAGAGCUGUUGGUAACUAUGUGAGUAGCUUUGGAAUCGAUCAUAUUUGGAUGGGCGUGUUUUGUAUCGGAAAUUCCAAGAGUCAGUGUUAUUUUGACAAUCAAGUUGGGUCUACGGCCAUUUAUGAUAACUUUGCACCAGGAUUCCCAAAUUCUGGAACCGGUCGUUGCGUCUACUAUGCUGUGCCAGGCUCUCCAAGUGGACAAUGGAUCAACGGGGACUGCAUGGAACAACUCCCCUAUGUGUGUGAGCUUCCCACCACUCAUUCAGACAUUUGUGAUUAUAACUUCAAUGAUCACUGCUAUUUCCGUUUCAACGAGCUUCCAUUCAGUACUGCUCAACUCCAAUGCCAACAACUUUGUGGAAACUUGGUGUCGAUUCAUUCCGCGGAGGAAAAUCGUUACAUUACAUCCAUUUAUUCUCAAUUUUCUUAUGAUUUCAUCCGGAUUGGAGGCAUCGCAACGUCAAAUGACUUUGUUGUAUGGGCGGAUGGAUCAGUGAUGGAUUACAGUAAUCUAGAGACGUUCAGUACUGGUGGCAAUUGUCUAAAAAUGUCUCUCAAAACAACAUAUUCUCACUCGCGAGGCGCUUGGUACACUGAUGAUUGUUCUACUCUCGCACAUUUCGUUUGCAAACGACCGAUUGGAGUUCCUGACUGUAGUGGGACUCCUCCACCUGCUACAGUAGCCCCACCACCAAUCACUCCAGCGACCUGCACUACUGGAGUUCACGUGGCACCUGGAGUUAUUUCGUCUCCAAACUACCCGAACGCUUUCAGAUCCGGCUGCGCAUACACUCUCACAACAUAUGGCUCCAACAAAAUCAGACUAACGUUCAAUUAUGUGUACACUUAUUCCAACGCCGAUCCUAUUGACAUAUAUGAUGGUGAUUCGACAGAUGCACCAUUGAUAAAUACACUGUACGCAACAUGUGGUAGUAGUUGCACUGAUUAUUUUACAUCUACUGGUAAUACAAUGUAUGUCAACUUCCGUUACUCUUCUAACUCACAGAAUAACAUUGGCUUUAAUGCAACUUUUUACUCAGUAUUCUGA